UCCACAUGGCCGCACCGCACGGACACGGGUCGCGCCGCGUCGCCGCUGCUGCUUUAACUCUAUACACUCUAUACACUUACGUCGUCGUCGGCGUCCUUCCCCGCGCACGUAACGUAACGUAAUUCCCUGGCCGGGUAGGCAGGUAGCCAAGCUAGAGCGCUAGGUGGCGGCUGACGCGAGGACGAUGGCGACCGGCGGCGGCAGGGCGGCGCUGUCGUUGGGGCUGGUGUUGCUGCUGUGCGCGCUCCGGCAUGAGGUGGCGGCGGCGCAGCGGUACAACGCCAUCUGGAGCUUCGGCGACUCUAUCUCCGACACCGGCAAUCUCUGCGUCGGCGGGUGCCCGUCGUGGCUCACCACGGGGCAGUCGCCCUACGGCGAGACCUUCUUCGGCCGCCCCACCGGCCGGUGCUCCGAUGGCCGCGUCAUCAUCGACUUCCUGGCCGAGCACUUUGGGCUGCCGCUGCUGCCGGCGUCCAAGGCCGGCGGCGACUUCAAGAAGGGCGCCAACAUGGCCAUCAUCGGCGCCACCACCAUGAACUUCGACUUCUUCAACUCCAUCGGCCUCAGCGACAAGAUUUGGAACAACGGCCCGCUCGACACCCAAAUCCAGUGGUUCCGGCAGCUCCUCCCGUCCGUCUGCGGCAAAGACUGCAAGAACUACCUGUCCAAGUCGCUCUUCGUCGUCGGCGAGUUCGGCGGCAACGACUACAACGCCGCCCUCUUCUCCGGCCGGACCAUGGCGGAGGUGAGGGGCUACGUGCCGAGGGUCGUCAGCAAGCUCAUCCGCGGCCUGGAGACGAUCAUCAGGUCGGGAGCGGUGGACGUGGUGGUGCCCGGGGUGCUGCCCAUCGGCUGCUUCCCCAUCUACAUCACCCUCUACGGCACCUCCAACGCCGCCGACUACGACGGCGACGGCUGCCUCAGGAGCUACAACGGCCUCUCCUCCUACCACAACUCCCUGCUCAAGCGGAGCCUCGGCAGCCUGCAGAGGACAUACCCUCGCACCAGGAUCAUGUACGCCGACUUCUACUCCCAGGUCACCCACAUGAUCAGGGCCCCUCAAAACUUCGGGCUCAAGUACGGGCUGAAGGUGUGCUGCGGCGCCGGCGGUCAGGGCAAGUACAACUACAACAACAAGGCGCGGUGCGGCAUGGCCGGAGCAAGCGCCUGCGCCGACCCCGGCAACUACCUCAUCUGGGACGGCAUCCACCUCACGGAGGCGGCCUACCGCUCCAUCGCCGACGGCUGGCUCAAGGGCCCGUACUGCAACCCUCCCAUUCAGCACUGAUGAACUGAUGCACCAGAGUUUGGUGGGGAUCUCAUUGAUAGCGUCCGUGCGUGAGUUGAUGCGUGUGUGCUGUUUGUUUAAUUAAUUAGGGACGAUCCAUUUAUCCUAAGAUCCAUAGCUGUGCUGGUGGAUGUAACGAGAGUGAUGCGGGUUCGUUAUUUAAUUUGGUGGUUGUUUAUUCAUUGGGGUUAGGUCGUUUGGGUGUGCUUGGGGGGAAUGAAUGAAUGAAUGAAUAAAGGUGUUGUGGAUUAUUUGCAAGAAUUAGCUACAGAGUGAACAAUGAGUUCGCUUCAAGAGAAAAAUUGAAAAAGGAAUGCUUUUUUGUUUUCAA